GCUGCUUCCUGAUGGGCAAAACAGCUGGCUACCCGGGGAAAACAGCUGGCCUAGCCCCAGCUUCCUGAGGACAGAGGCAGAGCCUCAGAGGAGGACAGCUCCACAUCUGGGGUCCUGGGAGAUGAGGGCAUGGCCAAGAGGGAGAGGGUGGUCCUCUGGAGUGGGUGUGGGCGUUGGGUGGGACCCCUGGAGAUGAGAGGGUGUGGGCGGAUUCUUGGAGCAGAGGCCAAGGUAUGCUAGGUCUAAGCAGAAUGGGCAGAGCGACUCCAGCUGGGCAAGGGGUCUCAGUCUCCCCUCAAAGAGGAAAGAUGAGGGGCAGGGGAGCCGAUGGGGGUCGAGCCUGCACUCAGCCCUGGGUCCUCUUGGAACCGGGCUCAGAACUGAGCUAGGAAGGAGCACAGGCGGGUCUCCUGGACUCCUGUCUACCGAGCUGCACCCAGGACCAGAAGCAGGGCAUGGGCCCCUCCUCUGGCCAGGAUGCUGGGCUCCUUUGGCCACAAAGCAGGACAGGGGCCCAGAGAGCCCCCAACCCAGGAGACGUGAAGCUGGCAGCUGGCAUAGAGUCUACAUGACCCCGAGAAUGAGGCCAUAGUCCCCAUAGGACAGCAGCUUCAAAGUUUAGCCCACAUCAAAACCGCCUGGCAGCCUUGUGGCUUUAACGUCCGCUCCCACAGUUUCUGACUCUGUGGGUGUGGGAGGGGCCAGGAAUUUGCAUCUGUAACAAUGUCCAGGUGCGGCUGAUGCUGGCUGGUCUGGGGACCAUGUUCCGACAACCACUGCUUUAGCAUUUCUGUGGAUCUGGCCCGCUAUUACCUCUGUAGAAAUGCGAGCACCCUAGAAGCAGAGAUUGUCUUAUGCACUAUGUGCUCCGUAAAUACUUGCUGAAUGAAUGGGAUUAUAGAGGAUGCCAUGGCAGGGUAAGUCCCCCAGACAUGACAUGGGGAAGGUUUUCCAGAGGAAGUUAGUUGAAGGCUGAGACAGGAGGGCCUAUAGAAGUUCAGGCGGAGAAAAAACAAACAAACAAAAGGAUGUGGGACAGUCCUAAAGCAUGGAGUGUUCAGGAAAACUGUACCUAGUCCAAAUCGGCUUGAGCAGAUUAGAGGAGAGGGGAGGUCAGAGGAGUCAGAGAAGUGUCACAUAGGCCACGCAGGGCCUCGCUGCUCUGUGAGGGGUUUGAGCCCUAUACUGAGGGCAGUGCGCAGUCCCUGAAGGGUGUUAACCCAGGGCAUCUAGAAAGAGUGGCUGAGGGCAGAAUGGUUUUUAGGGAGAAAGUGUGGGGGGCAGGUCUCUGGGAGAUGCUGUGGGCCAGGUGAGUGGUACUGGUACACCAGUCGAGCGGCAGAGCAGAAGGAAACAGGUGGCCAAGUGCCAGGGAUAUUGAGGAGGUGGUUUUGCCAGGAUGAGGUGAUGGAGUAGGUUGAAAGAGGGAUGCGGCAUCAGUGACACCCAGCUCUCCAGCUUGAAGGACCAGGUGGCAGAGGUACCAUUCUCUAAAUUGGGGAGGCCACCAGAGGGGGAGAUGUUGGGGGGAAAGGGUAGAGUUCUGUUUUGAGCAAAUGGAAUCUUGGGGCACUUGGCUGGCUCAGUCGGCAGAACAUGUGACUCUUGAUCUCAAGGUUGUAAGGCUGAGCCCUACCCCUGAGUGUAGAGUUUAACACACACACACACACACACACACACACGCACACACACAGAAUGUGGGUCCAAAUGGGUAGUGGAGACACUUGCGGUUUUCCAGAAAGACAGAGUGGCCCACGUGGUCAGCUGCUGAAGAGAACCCUCUUCUUGGUUGAGGAGGUAAUAUCCUUUGUGGGGAGUGGCCAGGAGGACUCUGGUCUUGGCAGGAGCAGUUUGGUGGAACGGAGAUGAGGAAGGGACCCUUGGAGCAAAGCACAGAUCCUCGUUCAAGGGGUUUGGAGGGAGAGAGAGAGAGAUAAGACUGUGGCUGGGGGCCCGCAAACAGCUUGGUGUUUUCCUGUUUUAAACUGGGGGAGAUUCAAGUCCUUUGGAAUGUCAAAGGAAGCACCCAGAAGAGAGGGAGGCUGAUGAUUCCAGGAAGGACAAGGGCAUUUAGAGCUUAGGGCCUUUCCAUCCUGAGGAGGGGGUACCUCUUCCCGUGGUACCAGGCAGUGAGAGCUGCGGUAGGCUUGGGGGAAGGGGAUGGAGGUGUGCAGCCUGGAAAUGAGAGCUCCCAGGUGAAGCCUUCUCUUUUCUCCAAAAAGUAUCAGGGAGAUCCUCCUGGAGCAGAGAUUGCAGAAGCUGUGACAUGCCACUGAGGAGAGGAGGCAGGAGCAGCACAGGGGAAACGGCCCGUUGGGCCUGGUCAGAGUCCAGUGGAGAGUGGAAAUCCUGUCUGCAGUAGCCCCAACAUGCCGAAAAGCAAGAUGGUUAUAGGGUUUUCCCGGACAGGGUUGAUGGGAGAACCCACAGGCAAGGGAGUCAGUGACAGGCUGGAUCACUUGAUGGACUGGGGAGAGAGGAGAGGGACAAUGGGACGGGUCAAUGCAUUCAGAGGAGAAGGAGGAGAAUUGAGGAGGAGGAGCUGAGGCUGGAGAAGAAUUUGGAAACCCCUGUGACCAGCAGGAUGGACAGAGGCUCUGGGAUGACUCCAGGAUGGGAGAGGAGUGGCACGCUGCUUCCUUUUAGAAACGGAAUCCCCAUUCUGGGACCGGGAGUGCCUUCUGGCCAGAGGCUACCAUGCAAGGGAAGGGACUCUCCCAGAGGACUUCAGACCUUUCAUUGUAGGACCACUAGCCACCUAGAAGCUUUGGAGUGGGGCUGGAGACCAGGACUCCAGGGUUCAAUGCCCCCCCAGUUUGCCCCAUCUUCAGGCAAGUCCAUUCCUUGCUGGUUCCCCACCCUUCCCCCCUCAGCAGAGUUAGUGUGUAUAGGCUUAGCCCUCUUGCCUGACCCUGGAAAGAGACUGAAGGGAGACCCAAAGGAGCCAUAGGAAAGUAGGCCUUUACGGUGGGGAGGGGGGGGUGAAUGGAAGGGGAGCUUGGCUUCUUCUCCAGUGCUGUCUUUCAGCCCCAGCAAUUCUUCCGGGGCCAGGCUCCGUGCCAAGAGAAGCUUGGAGUGCAUUCAUUCCUCGCAAACCCACCCAGAGGAGGACCAGAGGUGGACCAGAGAAAGUGAUACUGAGCUGGAACCUGCCGCUGGUGCCUUCAGGCCCCUCCCUUUCCUGCCCUCUCCUAAGAGAAGCUGGAGCCCCCUUCCCAUCUCAGCUGGGGCCUCAGGACCCCGACUCUGCCCCAGGGGAGGCUAUACCUCCUGCUUCGGCCGCAGCGCCGCCGCUGCUGGCGGCGGAGGCGAGGACGACGACGCGUGGAAGACGCAGCGCUCGGGACGCAGCUGGAUGGCGCGCCCAGGGCCGGGGGACCCCCGCCCCGCCCCCCAAGCCGGGAGUCGCCGCGCAGGUCUGAGAAGUUCCGCAUGGGCCCGCCAGAGGGCGCCCGGGGGCGGGGGCGGGGCGGGAACCGGGGAGCCCGGCUAGGGCCGCUGCUGGUCGGUCCCGCCCCGCGGGGCUGCGACUGGGGUCCGAGGGUCGGAUGGGUGGCCAGGGAUUCCGGACUCAGGGGCGCCGGACGCUCAGUGGAGCCGGAUUCCGGGGGCUGAACGCUCCGGGCUUCGGAGUGGGGCGUUCUCAGGCACCGGGGCGGCUCGGAGGCCGUCCCCCGGGACCCUCCCCUCUGCCUCCCUUCCCCCCGCCGGCGCCCAGCCGGGAGGGCGCUGCCCCUGGGUCGCGAGUGCGGCGGGUCUCCGGGUCCUGGUCCUCCGCUGCCCCUGGCGGAGGAGAGGGCACUUGAGAAUCGGCGCGUAGCGGGUGGGAGGGGGAGCCCACUCUUCGGGGGUACGCUCCCCCCACCCUCUCCGGCCGUCUCGGCCCCGCCCCGGCCCCGGGCCCCGCCCCGGCCCGGCCGCACCGCCCACUCCCCUCGGCCGGGCCAGAGCCCCGGGGGCCGCUGCCGCCGCCGCCGCCGCCCGAGCGCCCGCCAUGCGCGCCGCCCCCGCCGCCCCGCUGCUCCAGCUGCUGCUCCUGCUGGGGGCGAGGCUCCAGGCUGCGGGAGUCGUGGAGCCACCGCUGCCCGCCGUGGUCCUUACCAUCCUGGCCCGCAAUGCCGAGCACUCACUGCCCCACUACCUGGGCGCGCUGGAGCGGCUGGACUACCCCCGGGCCAGGCUGGCCCUCUGGUGUGCCACGGACCACAACACGGACAACACCACACAGAUGCUGCAGGAGUGGCUAGCCGCUGUGGGUGAUGACUAUGCAGCUGUGGUCUGGAGGCCUGAGGGGGCGCCCAGGUCCUACCCAGAUGAAGAGGGUCCCAAGCACUGGACCAAAGAAAGGCACCAAUUUCUGAUGGAGUUGAAACAGGAAGCCCUGACCUUUGCCAGGGACUGGGGGGCUGACUACAUCCUGUUUGCAGAUACAGACAACAUUCUGACCAACAACCAGACACUGAGGCUUCUGAUAGAGCAGCGGCUGCCCGUGGUGGCCCCCAUGCUGGACUCCCAGACCUACUACUCCAAUUUCUGGUGUGGGAUCACCCCCCAGGGCUAUUACCGCCGCACAGCCGACUACUUCCCCACCAAGAACCGCCAACGCCGGGGCUGCUUCCGUGUCCCCAUGGUCCAUUCCACCUUCCUGGUAUCCUUGCGGGCUGAGGGAGCAGCCCAACUCGCCUUCUACCCCCCUCACCCCAACUACACCUGGCCUUUCGACGAUAUCAUCGUCUUCGCCUACUCCUGCCAGGCUGCUGGAGUCGCGGUCCACGUGUGCAACGAGCACCGUUAUGGGUACAUGAACGUGCCUGUGAAAUCCCACCAGGGGCUGGAGGACGAGAAGGUCAACUUCAUCCACCUGAUCUUGGAGGCGCUAGUGGACGGGCCCCCCAUGUGGGCCUCAGCUCACGUGUCCCGGCCCCCAAAGAAACCCAGCAAAAUGGGGUUUGAUGAGGUCUUUGUCAUCAGCCUGGCCCGCCGGCCCGACCGCCGGGAACGCAUGCUAAGCUCGCUCUGGGAGAUGGAGAUAUCUGGACGCGUGGUGGAUGCUGUGGAUGGCCGGACCCUCAACAGCAGUAUCAUGAGGAGCCUCGGCGUGGACCUGCUCCCUGGCUACCAGGACCCCUACUCAGGCCGCACACUGACCAAGGGCGAGGUGGGCUGCUUCCUCAGCCACUACUCCAUCUGGGAGGAGGUCGCUGCCAGGGGCCUGGCCCAGGUCCUAGUGUUUGAGGACGAUGUGCGCUUUGAGAGCAACUUCAGGGGGCGACUGGAGCGGCUUAUGGAGGAGGUGGAGGCAGAGAAGCUCCUGUGGGACCUGAUCUACCUGGGCCGGAAGCAGGUGAACCCUGAGCAAGAGGCAGCCGUGGGGGGGCUGCCACACCUGGUGGUGGCCGGGUACUCCUACUGGACGCUGGCAUAUGUCUUGAGCCUGGCGGGUGCUCGCAAGCUGCUGGCCUCCCAGCCCCUGCGCCGAAUGCUGCCUGUGGACGAGUUCCUACCCAUCAUGUUUGACCAGCACCCCAAUGAGCAGUACAAGGCGCACUUCUGGCCACGGGACCUGCGUGCCUUCUCUGCGCGGCCCCUGCUCGCUGCUCCCACCCACUACGCAGGGGACGCCGAGUGGCUCAGUGACACGGAGACAUCCUCACCCUGGGACGAUGACAGCGGCCGCAUCAUCAGCUGGAGUGGCUCUCACAAGACGCUGCGUGGCCCCCCCCUGGACCUGGCUGGCAGCAGCGGGCACAGUCUCCACCCCCACCACCCUCGGGACGAGCUCUAGCUUCCUCUCCCUGCCUGUCUCUGUCUCUCGGACCUUCUCUGUGUCUUCUCCUGUCUCUGCCUCUGCAUAUCCCACUCCCGUUCUUUCUCUUUCUCUCUUCUCGCCCCUUCUGUCCCACCAGGUCCAGGCAGUGACUCCAGAAGAGCUCUCAGGAGCAGGCCGCAGCUGGCCAGGGAGCGGACCUGGAGAUCGCUGGCAGGAGCCGCCACCAGAAGCCACAGACCCCAUAGAGACCCGACUGUCACCUUAGGCAUAGCCACUCUGCCCUCUGGCCCCACCUUACGUGGGGAGAAACCACUCAGAGAUGGGUCCCCUUCCCCGAAGUUCACGUAGCAAAAGGGCAGGGCUCCCAGGCCCUCUCACCCUCCUGACUCAGGAUCCGGGGUGGGGGGAAGGUGGGGGGCUCCCCAGCCUUCAGUUCCAAGCUGGGCCGACACCAGGAGCCCUGCCUUCCCCGCAGACCCAACUGCUGGGGCCCCUCUGCCAUCUUCUACCUCCACCUCAGUCCCCUCCCCACUCGACGCCUGGGUCUCACCUGCCUGGGCCCACCCUCUCCCCUGGCCAGUGGGAAGUAUGGGGGGGGGGGUGAGAGGAGGGCCCUUGCAGACUUCGUGCCCAGCACAUGGUAGGCCCUCAAUAAAAGCCAGCUGGUAUGUGCACUUUAUAUGUCUAA